UCUGGUCCCACAGCGCUUGACCAUGAAAUUCGCAGGAGUAGAACUAAGCGGAGGGCUAUCGUGGCCCUAGAGACUGCAUCCUGAAAUUAGUCUCCUUGUAGCGGACUAUUUGUAAGGCCUUUCGUCGCUGAGAUUCCUGAACCCAAUUUAGAUCAGGAUGCACUUAGCCCUAAGCACGACUACGGCCUCUGAAGAGCUACUUUGGAUUGGAUGGGGAGCUUCAAGUCGCAGUCCCGAUUGGCCGACGCGGUCUGAUGCUAAUUCGGCGAACAAGGGAGAAGCAGAACAGCAAGAGUCAAGUGCGUCAGUGACAAUCACAGUCUGAGAACCUAAAAAUCAACCUGCCAACGCUGCUGACGCCACCCGAAACGCGAAACGCACGUGAUAGGAACAGCUGUUGGGAAUGGCACAGCCUCCUCGCAAGUCUCCUCUCCGAAGUAGAGGCAUGAAGCGCAUUCUGCGCAGGAUUAAGAAACGGAUUUCGAAAUCAAGACGAGCGAACCCUGCCUCGACGAAGGAUGACAGUCCCUCGGCGACCGAUGUCGGUCUCAGGCUGAAAGAGAAUAUCUCAGGCCCUCCGCGCCUUCCGCCGGAACUAGAACGAGAGAUAUUCGAGAUGGUAGUCCGCUGCGAUUGGGUAGAAGACUGGAGCCGCAAUAGUGUGUGGAGCACGACGCUUCUUCUGCCUCUGGUCUGCCAGCGGGUUCGGCAAUGGUAAGUCGCAGCGUGUAUUUUUUCGAGCCUUUGUUGACCACAGCGAGGACAGGAUUGAGCCACUUAUCUACAGGAAGAUCUCCAUAUUGCAGCCACACAACGGAGCACCGACCGAGGCGCUCUUCCUUCGGACCUUGGCCUCCCGACCGCCGUCCUUCUUCGCCGCGCACGUGCGCACACUGUACUUCCACCACGGCAUCGAGUCACACGUCAUACAGCGCGCGCUGGAGGUCUGCACCAACGCGUCGGACGUCGCGUGCAGCAGCACCUACGCCGCGCUUGCGCCCUUGCUCUCCCCGCUCCCGAUCACCCGCCUGCUCGUGGCCGACGUCGAGGGCCUUACGGCAGACUCGGCGCCGUGGCGCAGAAACGUCACGCACCUGGGACUCAGCGCGCGUCUGCCUGCGCAUCCGGAGUCCCUUCUCACCACCUUCCCGUCGCUGGCGUACCUCGCCGUCGAGUGGGCCGCGGUCUCCACACCCGACGAGAGCGCUGCUACUGCCGUGAUCCGCAGCCUGAUGGCGGCGCAGGAUUCGCAACUCCGCAUGCUUGUGCUCGUGACGGAGACGAAGACGGAUUAUCGGUGGGCCAUACAGAACCUGAAGGAGGCCGGUUUUGAUUUGAAGGCCGCGCGGUUCCAUCUGCAUCUGAGGCCUGUGUUUGAUGCGACGUGGGAUUGUUGGUCGAGGCGGGAUUCGGACUUAUUCGAGGAGGCAGAAGGGAGUGCCAUGUAGGGAUUCUAGGUUGAGUAGUACUAGAUGAGCCUCAACUUGAAGGGAACAUUCGGUGAUGCCCAACGGCGUACCGAUGGCAUCAUAUGAUGGGAUCAGUCUAAACUCAAUAGGACAUGUCCGCUCAUCCCCUUCGACGAUUUCGAGGCCGUUCUUCUGGCCAAGAAACUAGGCUUUUGUGAAACUCUCACUACAUUGGAUUUCCUGUCAAAAAGGAUUCGGCGUGCCCAGACUUGUGAAGGACAGACUGGGUGCACGCAUGGCUCGAGCGACCCCGCCUCUAGCAUGGCCGAGCGACUAAUUGACUACCUCAUACACACUGCAAUUUGACAGAUAUUCCGCUCAAACCCCGCUUAGGUGGCGACGACGCCAUCGAACCUGCCAGAUGACAAGGACGGCUGAUGAGGAAGAGAAGCAACGUAUUGUGCACUUCCCCUUCACAUCACUUGCGGACCCACAGCCCCUGCAGGACUUGUAGCUAGCUCCUCAUUGAAAACUUCUGGCGUUUUCAGUUCGACUGUCGAAAGGGUGGUUUGUAACGCAUCUUGGGUAGCACGCGCGGCCGAGCUGUCGGGAAAUGUCUCGGGAAAAUGCACGUGUCGGAGGUGACCUCAUCAGAACAUGCUCCUGCCUCGUGUUGGCUGACCUCGUUUCUGUGAAUAGCCUUCACUCCAAUGCACGGAACGCGAGUCUACCGUGAGGAGCAUGCACACCCUUGGACUCUCACCCAAACAAGCUCGCGAAACUCAGCUUCGCCCGAGCCAUUUCACGGCCUGCUUCGAUACUCGAGUGGCAGGGUUUAGAAGAAGGAUGUCCGGAUCUCAGCAUGUCCACCGCCGCUUCGACGCUAGGGAGAGCAGCGGCAGUAGCAAUGCGCUGCGGCUCCGAGCCGACACGCCCCUCAGCUCGGCUCCGCUCGAGAGCGACUUCGAUGCGGCGGUCACACAUACUCAGCGGUGGUCCCGUGCGACCCGAACAGCGACCGUCGAUCCGCGCGCCUCGAGGCUGCUCGAUCACCUGGACGCUGCGACGCGCGUCACGUCGCCCCCACCCAGCAUCAGCAUCCCGCCGCUCAGCCCCGCGGCGAGGCGCGGUCCGUCCGUCGAGGGAUGGCCGAUGGCGCGGCAGCACGUCGCGGAGAUCAUCCGCGAGCGGACGUUGCGGCGGACGAGGCCCGUGGAUAGGAUCAAGAGCGGGAGUGUGCAAGAUUCCCACUUUGCCGAUCCGCCGCCGCAGCAACAGCACGGGGGCCAGGAGUACGAGAUGGUCGACGUGCAAGUCGUCGAAGAGACCCCGGAGCGAACGGUAUCGAUCUCCACGUGGCGUGAGCAGGUGAUCCACGAGACGGAGAUCGACGACGGCAUGAGCGUCUGCUAUGUCAACGCGGAGGGUGCCUAUGUUCGUGUACGGGAGGAAGGAACGAGGCCGAUGGUCGACCGGAGCCCGUCCAUCCCCUCGAGCAAGGUCCUUCAAGGUGGGAGAAGGACUGAGAGCAUAUCGGAAUUUGGUCGGCAACCAUUGCGGCACCAUCCUUCCACUUCGAGCAAACCCUCCUCCGAUCCACGAACGUCCACGCCCAAGGGAAGCGGGACUUUAAUCCAGCCCCUCGAUUCGCCAUUAUUUCAUGCACUGAAACACACCGGCUCGAUCAUCAGCUCUAUUCCUCCAAAAUCCGCGGAGGAGCUGGACGACUUUCUCUGCUCGUGCCAGCCUUCUCUGCUGCACAUCUCCUCCGUGCUGCAUAAGGUCGGAAUUCGGACUAUGGACCACCUGCGAGCUGUGGGCAGAUUAUCAGCUGAAACCAGGAAUCGGGAGGUCAGAGAGCAGGUGUUACGGCGUGGGGUCACUGUGGUGGAAUGGGCGAUAUUGUUAGAUAGAUUGCGGGGGGUGUAGUUUCUCCAUUUUCAGGGUUAUUAACGAUGAUAUAUAUAUACACCUCAAUGUACGUUGUCCCAUGUAUACUGUACACUAAUAAAUGCAAAGUGUGCUCCU